AUGAUUAAUAGUUUAUAUGGAGUAAUCAACACAGGUGUUUUUAUAUUAAAGGGAGGUAGAAAUUCAGAAGCUGGAUUAGAAGAUAUCCACAAAAAUCGAAUUAAAAAUGAGAUAGAACAGCUUAAGUUAAACCAAUGUAAAUUGGAAAAAUGUAGGGACACUGUCACCUUUGAAAAUAACCGUUAUCAUUCACAAUAUUGUCAUUUUCAUGUUAAUAAUGUAACUAUGUAUGAUAAGGAGCAUAGAAAAAAUUAUGUUUUACUUGAUAUUUCAAUUAUGAUGGAAGAUGUGGAUACUUUUCUAAACAAUGAAAUUCCAAUACAAAUAAUAUUAUAUAAAGACUUUCCAUUUAGCCCUCCAGAUAUCACAUUUCCAAGUACAUUUUGUUUUCCAAGUCUAAGUGAUGGACGUAGUUUCACUGCAGAAAUCCUCCAUGAAUGGUCCCCAAGUAUUACUUUAUUAAGUAUUGUUGAAUCUACUGUAAAGUUUUUAAAAAGCUAUAGUACUCACAUUGCAGUGGUAGGUCCUUCUGAUAUGUUUAUAGGAAGCUAUAGAAAUCCCAUAUCAUUUAAUUACCAAUGCUAUAACUCUCUGGUCUAUCCAAUUCUGGGUACCAAAAUCAUUUUUGAAGAUGAUGUCUUUGAACAUGUUUUUGAAAAUAACUCCUUAAAAAGUGGAAAUGUUAUAUCCCAAAGAGGAAAAAAUUUGGUUUCAUCACUCAUACCAAUUCCUUUAAAUACUAGAGGACUUAGAAGAGAAACCAUGAAUUGGAGAAUUGAAAAACCAUGUAUUAAUAUUGACUUUGUAUUUAACAAUACAAAUGUAACGUUAUUUGAUUCUACCAUGCUGGUUUUAGAAGUUUGCCAAAAAAGCCAACAAAAUGGGUUCUUCCAAACUAAGAAUCCUUCAAAAACCUCCUCAUCUUCGGACGAAAUUAUAUCUGACUCUACUCUACAAGGUAAUGUAGCAUAUUGGUUGCACUUACCUGCUAUAAGCCACAUUAUUGAUUGUAACGGUAAACUCAUUUUUGGAAACCAGGGCACUCUUCCAGAAUAUAUAACAGAUAAAUUAAGUAAACUUGAAUAUUUAGAAUGCCUAAUUUUGGUUCUGGGAUACGAUUUUCUUUUCGAGAGAUCUCCUGUUUCGUUUUAUCAAAAUGAAGAAUUAAUCCAAGCUCCUAAGGACUCAACUAGACCUAUAAUUAUAGAACUAAGGUUUCACACUACCAAAGCUAAUCAUGAAAGCUCUUGUUGUCAUUCUUUUGCUACAAAUCUGAGAGAAAAAGUUCUCAAAUUGGAUUCCAAUUUUCCACAAAACUGCCAUAAUCCAAAAUGGAACUCUUACUUUGAAUUUGACUGCCUUUUCAACCUAAAUAAGAAAUACCAAGAAGCUAUUGUUGGAAACCACAUUUAUCUUUCCUCGGAAAUUAUCCAAAGAUGGGUUGUAAUAUGCUCAAAGCUUAUUGAGCAAUCCUCCUUCCUUUCAGAAACUGAUGAGAAAUACGUCCAAGAAUCUUCUUCACUGGUUAAACAGAUGCAGGACAUACUGAUUAGUCCAGUUGUCAAACAUAUUCUAAACUCUGAAACGGGAAAGCUAAGCAAGGUCAGUAGUAUAGAUGAAGACUCUCAAAAUGACUCCUUCUACAACCGUCUUGAAGAAUAUUCCCCUAAGAACGCUUCCAACAACGAAACAUCUCAGCCAGAAUCUCAAACAAUCGAAAUCCCACACAUGCAGGAUGUCCUAGAAAAACAAGUUCUCCAUCCUAUUCGGGAAAUCAAACCCAUUCAAAAUGUUCAGUUUAAAGAAACCCCACACAUUCAAGAAAUUCCUCCUAUUCAAGAAAUUUCACCCAUUCAGGAGAUCUCAUAUGUCCAGGAAACUUCUCCAGCACAAGAAAUCCCACUCAUCCAAGAAACUCCUCCUUCACAAGAAAUUUCGCAUAUUCAAGGGAUCUCUCCUAUUCCAGAAUUUCCACCCAUCCAAGAAAUUUCUCCAAUCCAAGAAACUUCACCCAUCGAAGAAUUUUCCUCAGCCCAUACUCAAUUAAUUAACCUCAAUAUUUCUUCGGAUGCUGAAGAUGAUGACCAUAUUGAUGAAGCUAUCAAUAAAUACGAUGAAAUAUCAAAACCAUCCGAUUAUUAUAGACACAACAUUCAAUUGCCUAAUAACGACUCCCUACUAAGUGAAUAA